AUGGGCAGAUUAGCUGACUUGGGCAGCAAUCGAGGGCGGCAAAACGGGGUGAGUAAACUCUUUGCCAUCGGAAACCCACUCCUCGACAUCUCAGUCACAGAGGGAGCGGAGAAAUUACUUUCACAAUAUGCGCUGAAAUCAAAUGACGCUAUUCUCGCUGGACCAGAACACACAGCAAUCUACGAACAAGUAAGGACAACGCUGAAACCAUUAUAUCUGGCAGGUGGUGCUGGACAGAACACAGCUCGCGCAGCCAGCUAUGUUUUGCCAGCUGGUUCAGUUGUGUACACGGGCUCAGUCGGUAGUGAUAACUUUGCGAACACUCUUCGCGAAGCUAAUGACAAAGAGGGCGUAGAGAGCGCUUACUAUGUUCGCCAAGAUACACCUACAGGAGCAUGUUGUGUCCUCAUUACAGGUCAUGAUCGUUCAUUGGUUACUAACUUGGCUGCUGCUCAAGAAUUCAGCGUUGAUCACCUUCGUACUCCUCAAAUGAAACAGAGAAUGGACGAAGCUUCUCAUUUUUACAUUGGUGGUUUCUUCCUUACUCAUGGUAUUGAAAGCGCGCUCGAAGUUGCCAAACACUCCUCACAGUCUGGUAAGACACUCGCUUUCAACCUCUCUGCUCCUUUCAUUCCACAAUUCUUCAAGGAUCAAGUUGAUCAGCUCAUUCCAUACGCUGAUAUCGUCUUUGGUAAUGAGUCUGAGGCCGAAGCUUACGCACAAUCACAUGGUCUUGAGGACACCUCUGCUAAGGGUGUUGCUAAACACAUAGCUAACCUCUCAAAGACUAACUCUGGCAAGGAUAGAAUCGUAGUCAUCACCCAAGGUGCUUUAGAGACUGUUGUCGCUGUUGGUGACAAGUCACUCACAUCUUUCCCUGUUUCACCUCUUUCAAAGGAUGCCAUUGUUGACACAAACGGUGCAGGUGAUGCUACUGCUGGUGGAUUUAUCGCUGCCUUUGUCCUCGGCUCUCCUAUCCCAGAAUGUGUUCAACUUGGUCACAAACUUGGUGCCUUGUGUAUUCAACAAAAUGGUCCACAGCUCCCUUACCCAAAACAGAACCUCCUUUAA